ACAGGAACUCUGAUUCAGGAAGUGAGUGUGUGUGUGUGUGUGUGCUAAAAAGUCAGAAAAACAGCAACUGUCAGUCAUGGAGGUGGACCGGGACUUUCUCCGAUCCAAACGAUCGAUACUGAAAAUCACAGAAAUAGCGGUGAUGUUCGUGGCGUUCCUGUGUUACGCGGUAGCCGGCGUGCCUCCGUACAUCGCCGUGGCUUGUUUGGAGUCGAUCGUCACCUUGGCUCUGCUGUUGCUCUACCUUCUGAAACUGCACAAGAUCCUCACCUUCUUCUUCUGGCCUCUGAUCGACGCGUUUAACUCCGUCUUUGCGGCCGUGUUCGUGGGUAUCGUCAGCGUCGUGGCCCUUUCUACGUACACGGUGAAGGCGACACUAGCCGGAGGGUUUCUAGGCUUGGUGGCGGCUGUAUUGUGGAGUUUAGACGGUUUCUACAUCUUCAAGAAAAUCACCUUCAACCAGCCGACAUCCACCCCCCCCACACUGACACAGAACUGCAUGAAGGAUGUGAUGUGAUACUAACCGUCCCUGUUCCGAUCGCCUCCGCUCACACCCAAUGAAUUUAUACCACGAAACACAACAUUUAAUAAACAUAAUAAACUAAUGACA